GCUGAUGUCAGCCUGGUCGCGCUCGCUCCUCCCGCACCCACCUCCCGGCCCCAGGCACACUGCAGCUCGGCGCGGUCUCUCCAGACGCGGCGAGGUAGCUGCAAACUCACGGGCACGCACAGCGCUCGCAGAGCCGAGGGACUCGGGGGAGGGGACGCGCGCAAGGCGCUGGCAGCCACCCUCUGAGCUUGAAGACACCCGGGGCCCAGAGCAGGGAAGAGCCCUGGCGGCCGCGGCUUCCCUUUUCUCUCCCAGCUGAGCUCCGGAGAGACUCCAGGACUGGCCCUAAAAAAGAGCAGGAAAUCUUGUUUACCGCCCGGGUAGAGGAGACCAGCAAGCCUUUGUUUGGAAAGUCAGCAUCGCCGGCUUCGGCGGCAAUGUGUUCCUGGUGGCAUUAGCCCAGGGUAGACGGGUCGGAGGAAAAGGGGCUCGCAAGGUUCAGCUCUGCUUUCGGACGAGGCUCGAGAGGGUGACUUUUGUGCAUUUGUUUGAAUUUGUAGAAAUCUUUUUUCCCUCCCUCUUGCCUCUUUUGCCCGCCGCCGGGCAUGUCCUGAUCUGGUGGCCGCGCCUACCAGCCCCGGGCUGCCGAUCUGAGCUAUCUCCCCGCGGGUCUCGCUCCCUCAGUCCCUGACUUUGCAAUACCGGGAGGGCUGAUCUCCGCGAGGAAGGAGGCGGGGGAGUCACAGACACCGGGACUCGAAGCCUGACAUGCUCCGGGGCGGACCGGAGGCAGCCAGGAGCUGAGCGCACCGCCGGGGCUGCUUCGCUCGCCGGCUCCCAGUGCCCUUGCCUUCUGCUGGGCGCCAACCUUGCUCGUCUGUUGGGACGCCCCCUUCUUUCCAGCGGUCCGCGGCCGGCAGGACCAUGCUGUUGAAGGAGUACCGAAUCUGCAUGCCGCUCACCGUGGACGAGUACAAAAUCGGACAGCUGUAUAUGAUCAGCAAACACAGCCAUGAGCAGAGUGACCGGGGAGAAGGGGUGGAGGUCGUGCAGAACGAGCCCUUCGAGGACCCUCACCACGGCAAUGGGCAGUUCACGGAGAAGCGAGUAUAUCUCAACAGCAAACUGCCUAGCUGGGCUAGAGCUGUUGUACCCAAAAUAUUUUAUGUGACUGAGAAGGCUUGGAAUUAUUACCCCUAUACAAUCACAGAAUACACAUGUUCCUUUCUGCCGAAAUUCUCCAUCCACAUAGAAACCAAGUACGAAGACAACAAAGGAAGCAACGACAGCAUUUUUAACAGUGAAGCCAAAGGCCUGGAAAGAGAAGUGUGCUUUAUCGAUAUAGCCUGUGAUGAAAUUCCAGAACGCUACUACAAAGAGUCUGAGGAUCCUAAACACUUCAAGUCUGAGAAGACAGGCCGGGGGCAGCUAAGAGAAGGCUGGCGGGAUAGCCAUCAGCCCAUCAUGUGCUCCUACAAGCUAGUGACCGUCAAGUUCGAGGUGUGGGGCCUUCAGACCCGCGUGGAGCAAUUUGUGCACAAGGUGGUCCGAGACAUCCUGCUGAUUGGACACAGACAAGCCUUUGCGUGGGUUGAUGAGUGGUACGACAUGACAAUGGAUCAAGUGCGAGAAUUCGAACGAGCCACUCAGGAAGCCACCAACAAGAAAAUCGGCGUUUUCCCACCUGCCAUUUCGAUCUCCAGCAUCGCCCUGCUGCCUUCCUCGGUGCGCAGCGCCCCAUCCAGCGCUCCGUCCACCCCUCUCUCCACAGAUGCGCCCGAAUUUCUGUCCAUUCCCAAAGACCGGCCCCGGAAAAAGUCUGCCCCAGAGACACUCACACUUCCGGAUCCCGAGAAAAAAACCACCCUGAAUUUACCUGGUGUCCACUCUUCUGAAAAGCCAUGCCGGCCCAAAUCAGAGUAGCUUCUUGUGAACAUCCCAUUGGGCUUUAUAUUUUUAUUUGAGGCUUUUUUUUUUUAAAGAAUCCUCUGGUAAAGGAGGAAAAGACCGCCUCGUCACUCAGAUGUGUUCUUUGAUCUCAGAGUGUGCAUGUGGUUUAAAUAAUUUCACAGGUAGCAAGAGUCCCUACAUGUGCCACACAGCGUCAUAGUGAAUAUGAGACAUAAGACCAGGGGGAAAAACAAAACAAAACAAGACAGGAGGGGCUGAGGACGGAACUUAGCGGGUUGAGUGCUGCUGUAACUUGCAUGAAGCCCUAGGGCGGGGUUAGCUUGACAACAGGAUCAGAAGUUCAGGGUCAGCCUCGGCCAUAUACAAAGUUUGAGGACAGCCUGGGUUCUAUGAGACCCUGUCUCAAAAAGUAAUCAUAAAACCCACAGAAUAUGUACAGCUUUGUACAUGGGACAGGAAGGAAGCCUUGUUUGGGAGGCCUUGGCGAGUCUGAUGUGGGCGUCAGCCAUAAACAGGUGAACAGAUGGGAAAACAUGAAGCGCUUUUUCUUUUUUUUUUUUUGUAAGAUGUGGUAAAAUAAUGAAGCCAGUUUCCUCCCAUGAAACCAAACUGAAAUUCUCAAUAACACCAACAAAAAAAGAAAGAAAAGCAAAUAAUCUCUCAGGUGUCGCAUGCCUAACUGUUAAUUUUGGACUGCUCACCACCAAUACUUGAAUUCCAGUUGUUACCAAUAUUCCUGUUCUGAUUAGUCCGACUCAGGAUUUGGGGCCUAAUCCACUCCUUAAAUUUUUGAAAAUUUUAAUAACCAACUUCUAGAGGCUCCAAGUGCAAUUAACGAUGACUUCUUUAUACCUUUACACAGAAAUUAAUAAAGAUCCCAUCUGUUCCCCUUUUGUUCCCUGGUGGCCUCUCAAAUCUUUAGACUUGCCUGCAUAACUGUGACCAUAGCUGUGGAAUGUUCUGGAAACCGAGAGGCCCAGAUGAGACAAACAUCUCUUCAGGUACUAAUGAAGCUUAAUCUGUGAGCUUCCAUCACUCAUUACAAUUCUCAAAAAUUUCAGUGAACUAAAUAAAAUCCAUUGACAAUCUCCCACCCGAGGAUGUUCAGGGUGAACUAAGUUACCUGGGCUUGACCACUGUCAGAAUGUCUGGUGUCUGAACCUUGCAAAACAGAACUGUCCCCAUCUGGGCGACUCUUAGUAACGCCCAGCCGCCCCCUGCCAUGGGUUGCCAAUCACCAGGUUUUAGAAAACACUUAUCAUUCCUUACUUGUUCCUUACAAUCCAAAUAUUGGGGACUGUGGUAUAGCUCAAUGGUAGAGUUCUUGCCUAGUAUGCAGGAGGCCCUGGGUUCAGUCCCCAACACUGCAAAAAGGAAACAACACACUUGGCAAUGUCUCGAGAACCCAGUGAAUAUAGCCAAAUGGGAGAUGUCAUCUCCUUAGUAGACUCUUCGAAUCCUAUUUGUACAGAGGUGUGGUCAUAAACACCCCCUUUGUCUUCUUCUCACUGCUCAAAGACAUGGAAAUGUACAGCAGAGUCCAGGCCAACAGUCUGCAAGGCCAUUCAUCAAAGUGGCAGAGAAAUCUGUCACUGUUGUACCUCACUGCCUUUAAACCCACAAGGAAGGCAAGCAGAAUGUCAACAGGCAGCCAGGGAGCUCCAGAGCUCAUGUCCCAGCUGUCCUUCCUGACUGGGACCUCCAACCUCAGGAAAGGAAAUCACCCCCAACACAGAUCCCAAAGGAAACAAACCAGACCAAGGAGUGUAUUCCCCUCCCCUGACCCCUCCCAGCCAGUGGACGCUGCCUGUACCCUCUCUUGAGUGCUCCGCACUCUACAAUGUCUCUCGGGUCCAUGACCUCUCCCAAGGCACAGGUGCUGGCCCCUUGAGCCCAGCACCAAAGUGCUGAGUGUGUCUAGAUCAUUUCUUUAUCUGUAGAUGGACAUUGCACCCAAUUCUCAAAGGAAAGCAAUUGCAAAUAGCUUUGUGCAACAGCGUAUCUUUUCCUUAAGGUGACAGUACCAGGGUAAGGUACUUUCUCUGCAUGGUAUGGAAGCAUGAAUCUCACUUGUGGGAAAUGUUAAUCUUUUCUCGAACCCUUUGGACUUCUCAAUGGUUCCCUCUCCGUGCAGCUGUACUCACUGAGAAUGUCUGGCUUCAACAAGCAAAAAUCCCACUUUCAGAAGACAUGGAGAUAGUAUAUGUAUCUGCUCACCAUUUGCAAGCUGAAAUCGGGCUGGGGCGGGCUGAUUGGUUUUCGUGUAGUAGAAAUUAAUUUUGUGCAGUGGUUAGCCCAUCUGGCACCUAGUUUUUCCAUUAAUAACCAUGCCACUUCCCCGUUUCUAUACCAGCUUCUACUGUCAAGGUCAACAGUCUGGUUCACUUUUAAAGCUACUUUCUGAUUCCCUUUUUUUGUGAGUUUUCUUUCCUUUAUAGUCAGCCCCAAUACCUUUGACACAAUUGCAGUGCUAACCUACGGUAGUGUGAUUCUUAACCAACACUCGUGUGAUCAGUUUUUCUGUCUACAUGUGGUUUGCCUGUGUUACAAAUACCGAAGGGGUUCUGGGCAUUUCAUAUUAGCUGCUUUGAAUAUUUAAUCCAGUCAUCACAAAGCAUAAAUGACUUCAAUAUCUUCUAAAUCUUGAUUUCCAAGUAUCUUUCCGCUCUGUCCUUACGUGAAUCUGCAAUUGUGGGGAACAAGCCUGUGAUGACUGUGUACAUAGAACAUGAAUAAUUCUUGUGAGGAUGGAAACAAAAUGGCUGCAUGAUGGAAAUUUGGGAGGACAAAAAAGUAUAAUAGCAGAAACCUGAAUUUACUAAGCAUGUUUGAGGGGAACAUAGAAUCCUUAACUCAGUGCCUCUGUCUGCCAUGUGAAAACCUUCAACUUUGUUCACCAAAAUUGUAUUAUACCUGUACAUAUAUUAUAUAUAUACAUAUAUAUAUAUAUACAUAUACAAAAUGCAGUAUAGUGAGUCACACACCACCAAUUCUAAGUCUGUGCUAGCAAAACUGAGGGAAGUAACCCAUAGGAUAAUACAUGUGUUUACUCCUCUUCAUCUCUGAUGUUGGUGGAUGCUACUAAAAUGGCCAUACUUCUUGUCUUUACUCUGGGUGGCUUCCGAAUAGGAACUAUCCCUGUGCUGUAGGUGUGGGACAGCACCGUCACUUUGUCUAUGCUUCUCCUGGAUCAAGGAGCUUUUGUGGUGUUUUAUUGCAUAAAGUUUGUCCGAAACCACCUCUGAAGAGUGUUUCCCCCCCACCCCCAGCUGAGUAAGAAAAAGCAAAAGGAAGGACUGAGCAGGAGAGGUGCUGUGACGUUUUAGUUGUGUCAGUUUGUCGGUGGAUUUGUUUAUAAGUCUGCUAUCCAGGCUUUGCAUCAAUGUGGGAGCUGUUUUAACCUAUUUACAGGUGUAUGUCAUCUGUGUUUUGGGGUGUGGGAAUAAGUCAGCUCAGUUGUGGAUGAAUGAACACAGCACACAUAAUGAACACAGACACAUCAUGAACACAGACACACACACGCAAAGUCUGUCAAAAUGACUGAGUUCAAUCCCCAGGUCUCCCCUAAUUGAAAGAAAGAACUAAUUCUCAUAAGUUGUCCUUGACCACCACACAUACAGUGGCAUGCGCGCGCGCGCGCACACACACACACACAAAAGUAUAAUUUUAAGACUAAAAUACAAAACCCCCAAUGAUACCCCUAAAAGUAAUCAUGUGGUUUGAUUUUACAGCCUGUAAUUUACUGUAAACUAAGAGAAAUCUUGAUAAAAACCCAUUUUAAUGAAAUUCAAAUUUCACCUCCUUUAGUAUCUCUUCACUGCUCAGAGGUGAAAAAUACCAGGUCAUCACUGGCUUAGACUGAUGGGAAUUUUCUUUUUGAAAAGCACCAGCAUAGAGUCGACUAUCCUUUGCAUCCAUAACCAGAUCAUCCAAUAGAGAGUAACUGUCUAAAUGGUUUCCACACCUCUCCAUACUUUUCCGGUCACCUGACUAGUGGAGUAAUGACAGUCGUCCAUCUGAACCAUAGUUGUAAAAGUUUUAAAAAUCCUGGCCUGGCUUGUAAAUUGACAUGAAUAAAUGUUAAGCUCUUCAUUCUUGGUGAGACCCAAGUGUCACACCACCACAUGACACCCAGAUGCAAGAUAUCUUGGCUUCUUCUGGCCUCCAACUCCAAAGCAGUCUGUUUGUGUCUGCUGUGUAACUGCUCAAGCUUCGGUAGGACAUCACGCGGUAAGAGAGCACGAACGUGUGGAGAACUUGACGGACGACGCCCUUUAGCUAACUCCACGCAGCCAACAAAUGCUUACGAUAAACCUCCACACCUUCUUGUUUUUUUCAAGUUGAAACGGUGUCUGUGGGGUUUCAAGUCUCCCUUUCGGUUUCACUGUGUCCCCGAGAAGACGGGAGGUUCCUUUUAGUUGACGCUAGCUACCCGUGUGCCAUCCGUGUGUCCUUUCCAGUGUAAUUUCAGUGUUUACGCUUCUGAUUGGCUAACUUACUGAAAAUACCACUGCCACCGCUGAAGGACCAAGUGUCGGAAUGCAUAGUGUUGCGAGCGGAGAGUGACGCAAACGCGUCUGUGUCACUCUAUGGCUGUCCUACUGUCGUCUACGCCCCGCCCUGCCCCGCCCCCCGUUAUUUAUUAUUGUUGAUAGCUUACUUUUUCUUACAUUCUGUUGUAAAUAAAGUACAAAGCAAUCUUC